AUGGUUAAAUUAAAUAUAUCGUUGAUUGAAAAGAAAUGUCUGCAUCAACAACUUCAAAAAUCAUUAACAAAAGAAAUUGAUAAAGAUCAUUUGAAGAAAUUAACCCAUUUGUUUAUGAAUGAACAAUAUAUCGACCAAAUAGAUGAAUUUGGAGUCUGUAACAAUUUAAGAGUCAUAUAUCUACAAAAAAACUUCAUCAAAAAAAUUAAAAGCUUGGAUUUUGCCGUGAAUUUAACGCAUCUCUACUUGCAACAUAAUGAAAUCACAAAGAUAGAAAAAUUAGAUCGUCUCGUGAACCUGAAAAAAUUGUACUUAGGAUAUAACAAUAUAGCGGUUAUUGAAGGAUUAGAAAAAUUGAUAAAUUUAACCGACUUACACGUUGAAAAGCAAAGACUUGCUCCAGGAGAAUGUUUAUGCUUUGACCCAAGAAGUGCAAAAACAUUAUCUUAUGGCUUGGUUCAUUUAAAUAUUUCGAAGAAUAAAAUAAUAUCCUUGAACGAAAUCAAUAAUUUCCAAAAAUUAGUAACACUAGAAGCAAAGGAUAAUUUAAUAAAUAACAUUGCGGAUUUAACAGAAACAGUUAUUUCUUUAGAAAGAUUAGAACAUUUACUUUUACAAGGCAAUCCAGUGACGAAAAUCCGUAGAUAUCGAGAAAAUAUUAUUGCCAAUAGUUAUUCAUUAGUUAGUUUAGACGAAAACCGCAUUUCUGAAAAUUCUCGAAAAUUUUUAAUGAAAUUUAAAAGUGAAAAGCUUCAGCAAUCUCGAAAGAAACUUGAACUAUCUUUGAGCGAAGAUAUAACAAGUUCUUUGAACUUACCUCCAGCGUUCAAAAGAUCAGUCUCAAGAGCUAUGUUUCAAAAUAUCAUUCCUAAAUUUUCAUUCCCCGGAAUAUCAAUUGUCGGCGAUGCACAACCGCAAAUUAUUCCACCUUGGAAAUCAGCAACAUCAAUAAAGGCUGAGAAAGAUAAUCACGUUUUGCCUCGACCAUUUUGGAAGAAUAAAAGAGAAUCAUCGAAAAGAAAUUGUUUUCCCGGUCAAAUUGUUUCAUUCUCAUCAUUCACAUGA